AUGGACGCGGCGCUGCGGCAGGACGUGCUGGACGACCUGGACAGGUUCCUGGGCCACAAGGAGUACUACGAGGGGAGGGCGUGGAAGAGAGGCUACCUCAUCCACGGGCCGCCCGGGACCGGCAAGUCCAGCCUCGUCGCCGCGAUCUCCAACCACCUCCACUUCGACGUGUAUGACCUCGACCUCGGCGCCGUCCGGUCCAACACCGAGCUCAGGAAACUGCUGAUCCGGAUGAAGAACAGGUCCAUACUGCUGAUCGAAGAUGUCGACUGCGCGUCGGUUGCAGCGCAGAGGAGAGAAGCCGACGGAGGCUCCGAUGCGAGCAGCCAGCAGGCUCCCAAGAAUCACAAGUACUCCUCGCUCCAAGAAAUACAAAUCCCAUUUUGCCACCCUGUCCGGACUACUCAACAUGGUGGACGCCUGGACGGGCUCUGGUCGAGCAGCGGGCACGAGCGCAUCCUCAUCUUCACCACCAACAUGGACCGGUUGGACCCGGCGCUGAUCCGGCCGGGCCGGAUGGACAAGCACAUCCACAUGGGCUACUGCGGCUUCGGCGCGUUCAAGGAGCUCACGGCCAUCUACCACGGCGUCAACGGCCACCACCUCCUGUUCCGGGAGAUUGAAGCGCUGCUGCGGGAGGUGGACGUGGUGCCCGCGGAGCUUGCGGAAAAGCUGCUGGCGAAGGACGACGCCGACGCCGUGCUCGAGACGGGCACGAAGCAGCCCAGAGAUAGGAAGGCGAGGUCGAGGAGGAGGCCGGCGGCGGGUACGUCAAACAGAAGCUGCAUGUGGAGGCGACCCGCCCCCGCCGCCGGCUAG